UUGUAGUUGCAUGAGGGCAUGGAUGCGAUGGAAAUCCAGUUUCCAUUUAUUCAACAGGUAGAUCUUCCAAGGUCUUUUCUAUGCCAAGCACUAAGCUAGCCACCAGGGAUGUGGUAAGAGUAAGGAAUUCACCUUUUGAGACUGUCAGAAGGAGGAAAAAUAAAUUGUCAAAAGACUGAAAAUAGGAAAUCCGAGGCAUGGUCAGCGCAAUGUGCGUUGUGCCUCAGAUGCGAUGACUUCCUGAAGAGCUGGCAUAGAAUAUUGAAGAAAUUUUAGUACUAGCUUUUGAAGUUAGUAUAAAUGUGAGAGGUGGAGGUGAGAUUUCAGAAGCCCACCAUUGAGCAGCAUCUGUGGGGCAGGCGAUACCUCGAGGUUUCAACUUGUGCACUUGAGCUCUGGAGAGAUGGACUCAGAAGGGACGGAGCGCCGCCUUCUGGCGAGAGUGUCCGCUGCAUCAUUGGAGGAAAUUUCGACCCCCUGGGGGAGCUAGCGUUCUCACAGCAGCCCGCGCGUUUCCGGAAGACAGUGGAACUUCAAAGGCUCCGGAGGGGAACGGGAGGGGGCGGCGCGUUCCAGCGCACUUGGCCUUGUGGCCGCCCCGGAAGUGACGCGUUGCCCCGCUGGCGGUGCGGAAGUUGACAUGGCGGAGCUGUACGUGAAGCCGGGCAACAAGGAGCGCGGCUGGAACGACCCGCCGCAGUUCUCCUACGGUCUGCAGACCCAGACCGGCGGACCCAAGCGCACACCGCUCACCAAGAGGGUUGCCGCCCCCCAGGAUGGAUCCCCCAGAGUACCCACCUCAGAGACUUCUCCUGGGCAUCCCCCAAUGGGGCUUCCACCUCCUUCAAGUAAGGCUUCUGCCCCCCCCACUGUGGGGAGCUGUUCUGCCUUUUUUGUGGAGCCCACCAAUUCCCCAGUCACUGAGUCUGAGACUGUCCUGGAAGAGGUGCUGAGACCUUUGGAACAGGCAUUGGAAGACUGCCAGGGCCACACAAAGAAGCAGGUCUGUGAUGACAUCAGCAGACGCCUAGCUCUGCUGCAGGAACAGUGGGCUGGAGGGAAGCUAUCAACGCCUGUGAAGAAGAGGAUGGCUCUGCUGGUGCAAGAGCUUUCAAGCCACCACUGGGAAGCUGCAGAUGACAUCCACCGCUCACUCAUGGUUGACCAUGUGACCGAAGUCAGUCAGUGGAUGGUAGGAGUUAAAAGAUUGAUUGCCGAAAAGAGGAGUUUGUCUUCAGAGGCGGCGGCCGAUGAAGAGAAAUCUAUAGCCACUGCUGAGAAAACCCAGAUUGUACCAGGCGUCCAACAGGCUCCAUAAUUCUGCAGGUUCCCCAAACUCACAAUCACACCAUCUCCUGUGUGUUGGCAUGGGAGGUCUUCUCAUUUGGCUCCCUCUUGCCCCUUGAGAGACUGCCUCAGUGGGGUCCUUGGCCUGACCCAUCUCUGGGGAAGAGAUCUCACCGGGGCCACUUGUUAACCAUUACAUGGAUUUCAAUAAAAACAUCUCAGUGGUA